AAANCUGUGAAGGAUUCUUGGGCAGGGAAUUGUUGUCCAUAAUUCUCCCAUAGGGCGAAAUCAAUAGUAUUUGUCGCCCAUUAGGUCUCCAUUUGAUGAAUUCUUGAAUUUGAAUCCAAGUUUCGUCCCUGUUCUGGAUUCCAAUUCCUAGAUUUCUAUCCCACAAUCCAUUUCCAAGAUCAAAGCAAUCGCUCUUCCUCAUUGGGAUACGUAGGAACAAGUCUAGAAUUGCACUUUGAUUCCCAAUUUUUUUUGGUCAGUCAUGGAAUUGAGAUCUGGUGGUAGAAAGCUGUCUUUCGAUGUGCUUCGCGGAAGCGGUUCUUCUGAAGAUGAUAGAUCCUUAAUUUUGGGCUCAAAAUCUGAUCUAGUUUCAAAUGGCGUCGAAGAUUCCGUAUCGCAUCAUUCGAUUGAGAAGCCCAAUCGGAAAAAGAAGCGGCAUCGUGGCUCAAAGAAGAAUAAGGCAAUGACGAUGACGGCACCUUCGGAUUUCUCAAUUCCGGAGGAACCGAUCGCUGACAAAUGCAUGAUCUCUAAUUCCGUCUUUGACAAGUGCGAAGACUGGGGGCGACUUUCCGAAAACAGAGGUAGUAUUUGUACGAAUCGCUUGGGGUUGGAACUGAAUUUCCGUACAUGUUCUACUGGGACUGUGGUUUGUGAGGAGUUGACUGUUCCCGAGGAGAGUAGAGGGAGCGUAUCGAUGUUGGGGCAGACGACAGAGGUGGAUUGCCCAAAUUUGCGCAAUGAGAGGUUUAUUUUCGGUGAGUUGAGGCAAAGAACUGUGAAUGGAGAUGAUGCAUCAUCAAGAUUUGGCGAUGAUGGGAACGUGGAGUCUUGCGUGGAAACGAACUCUGGAGUAAAGCAAAAAAGUGAGCCGAACGGAAAUGUGGUGCAAAGAUUGGAGACUGCAGGGUCCUUGGACUGGAAGCGGCUCAUGGCUCAGGACCCUUAUACAUUUUCUGCAGACAAAUCACCAGUUAAAUCCUACAUGGAGGAAAUGUUUAGUGGAAAUUCAUUGCGGAUCACUACCACUUUUGGCAAUGAGAAAGAACGAGAAAGAGUCUAUGAUACCAUCUUUCGCUUGCCAUGGAGAUGUGAAUUGCUCAUAGAUGUCGGCUUCUUUGUCUGCCUUGAUUCAUUUCUUUCAUUGUUAACCGUUAUGCCAACAAGGAUCCUGAUAACACUUUGGAAGCUUUUUAGUACAAGGACUUUUGGAAGACUUUCUUCAGCAGAGUUAUCAGAUUUUGGCUGUUUUUUAAUAAUGGCAUCCGGAGUUGCCCUCUUAGAAUUGACGGAUAUCAGCUUAAUUUAUCACAUGAUUCGUGGUCAAGGAACAAUUAAACUAUAUGUUGUUUACAAUGUAUUGGAGAUAUUUGAUAAACUAUUUCAAAGUUUUGGUGGAGAUGUGUUGCAAACUUUAUUUAAUUCAGCAGAGGGACUUGCAAAUUCUCCACCUGAAAACAUGGGCUUCUGGAUCGGAAGAUUCAUUUCUGAUCAAGUUCUCGCUGUGGCUGCCUCAAUUGUUCAUUCUUUUAUCUUAUUAGUUCAGGCAAUUACCUUAUCCACCUGUAUAGUGGCUCAUAACAACGCCUUGCUUGCUUUGCUGGUGUCUAAUAACUUCGCAGAGAUAAAAAGCAAUGUGUUUAAACGUUACAGCAAAGACAAUAUUCACAGUUUGGUUUAUUUUGAUUCAAUCGAAAGAUUCCACAUUUUGGCAUUUCUCUUGUUUGUGCUGGCUCAAAACAUAUUGGAGGCGGAGGGUCCCUGGUUUGGGAGUUUUCUCUAUAACGCUCUCAUGGUUUUCAUCUGUGAAAUGCUCAUUGAUAUCAUAAAGCACUCAUUCUUAGCUAAAUUCAACGGCAUAAAGCCUAUCGCAUACUCAGAGUUUCUUGAAGACCUUUGCAAACAGGCUCUUAACAUGCCAUGUGAAGAUGCAAAGAAAAAUUUGACAUUUGUUCCCGUUGCGCCGGCAUGCGUGGUCAUUCGCGUGUUAACUCCAGUAUAUGCUGCCCUUCUUCCAUACAAUCCUCUCCCAUGGAGGUUUCUUUCAGUUCCUCUCCUCUUCGGCGUUACCUAUGUCAUGCUCAUAAGCCUCAAGAUUUUGGUUGGCUUAAGUCUGCAGAAGUAUGCAACUUGGUAUAUCAACCGAUGCCGAAAGAAGAAGCACCAUCUACAUGCCGACUAAUCAGAAGAACGAACCGUAUAAAACCUCGCUCACAUUAUGCUGAAAUGAAAUCGUUGCAUCAGAUGGUUGCCAUAACGUGUGAGGAAUGCGUAGAGGAGGACGGCUCAACUUGCUUCGCCUUGCUCAUGUUGUAGGUGGAAGCAGCAACCUUGAAGAGGAGGACCUUCUUGCCACAGGUUUAUCGAGGUAUCGUAUCGUGUUAUGUUUUCAGUAUCGAAAUGCAAAAUGUAAAUGAAGUUUUUGCCUCAAAUGUUUUGGUAUUAACUGCAUCCCGUAGUAGAGGUUGUGGCUUAAGGAGUUGAGAUGGCAAUCAUGAGUUGCAAUCUAAUAAAAUAUGAUGGUCUACACAAGAAAUUAUAUCAUUGAAUAAAAAACGAAUGCUAGAGAAGAUGUUUACAAUA